AAUGUUUUUGGUUUGUGUUCAGAGACUGAAAUGCAAUGCUGAUUGCUGGUUUGGUUGUGUUUUAUAGGAAACUAAUGGAAAGUAACUUUCUGUCUCAACAUCUAAUUUUAGUCACAUGGUUCUUCCAUUCUGCGUACAAGAAUGAUCAAGGAAGAGUUCAAAAUGGUGCCUUCGCUGGAUGUUGAUGGAGCCAAAUCCUCCGUACCUGCAGGAGAAAUAUGGAGGUCUACUGAGUAAAAAAGUAGUGUAAGAACACAACAUGCCUGACUUUUUUUAUUCUUUUUCACAAGAGUUUAAGCAUUGAUUUGAAAUUGCAGAAAAGACUGCCAAUUAUGCAGAUUUCCAUUUCAAGACAUUCAGGGACAGCCUUAAAAACUGAAUGUCUUUCAAUGAACCAAGGGUGAUAGCUUCUUUUCGAUUUGACAAUGGAACUAAUCCUCCUUCUAGAUGUUCAAAGGAAUUUGGAAAUUGUACAACUGGAAACUCUGCAACCAUGAGCCCUACGUUGCUGCUCGCCACAUGAUUCUAUCUCAUGCCGAGCAGUUAAAAGAUACUGCCAUAAAUACCAGGCCUUGCAAAAAGGAAGAAUUGGACCGUGCAGCUCAAAGUGCCAGGGGCUUCUCUAUUGAAUGGUAACAUUCUGAAUUACAAUCCCCAUUGGCCUGAAUGUGACUGGUUAUUCACAGGGUCAACUGGAAUGCUGCCCAUGCUUGUAAGACCUUUUCCUCCCUUCUUAUCUCUUAGCAGAAAUGAAAUGAAUUUUUGGCAUAAGAUAGAAGUUGUAAAUAUAUUGGAAUUAAUGGCAAAUAUUGAAUUUGCUUUUAAUACUAUAGCUUUGAUGGGUAAGACUAGUUGGAAUCUACCAAAUAGUCAAAGUGAAGUUAAGGCUAGAACAAGAUAUUAAUUAAAUAGCCUCUGUUAAUAUCUAAUUAAUGUUGGAAAACAUAUGGUUGGGUAGAGAUGAUUCUGUUGGCCGCAUGACCUUGCAACAGAAUAUCCCAAAGAAGGGACUGUUCGCUGCAGGAUAUCGGCACCUAUCUCUGAUGCUAGCUUAUUGCUCAGUUGACAUUUUCUUGAUAUUCAAGACUUGGUAAUUGCAUGACUGUUAGAUCCCAUAAACCAACCAUUCCACCUGGAAAUUGGGUCAUAACUUCAUGACACACAUACCAUGUUUUCAGCUGAAGCAAAAUCAAGCGUUAAUGGCAAACAAAGAAUCAAGAAUGACUUUCCUUUUCGUUUAACAGGUUACUUCUAGACACCUUUGGAUGCUUUGAUUACCAAAAGUUGUAUUUAUCUCAAUUGAAAAAUGAAUCACUAUAUUUACUUUUGUGUUAAUUUAUAAGAAAUUGCUUAGGAAAGGUUACUCUUAACACUUGUUACGAGGGAAGAUAACUUGAUGUCACACCUUAAAUUUGGAUAUUUUUCUCACAACCCAUGAAGUAGAGAGGCAGAUUUACAACUACCACUUUUUUCUAUGUUGUCUUGUUCCUUAGCUUAUCAAAACACAUGAUUUUGCAAUGAAGAAAAAUGGAGAAAAAGGUUUGUGCAACAUUCAGCUACAUCUGUCUUUGUUAUUAUUAUAUUAAAAAAAAAAGUGUUAU